AUGAAGGUAUUGUUACUCCAAAUGCUAACCAAAGCCAACAAGCUGCUUAACAAGAAAGAUAAGAUAAACAUCACCUUCCUACUAGCCUUUAAACUUAAAUUGUUAAGUGAAACACUGCCAUCAAGACAGCUAUUGCAUAAUUGCUAUCCAAGUAUUUACAUCGAUAAUAUCUGCCUCAAAUGUCUCACAGCAGUGGAAACUCAAAGUCAUAUCUUUGAUUGUUAUAAAAAUAUUGCAGCAUACAACAAAAUCAAAAACAAGCUAAAAGCAAGUAUAACAAAGCUCGCAAGAAAAAACAAUGCCAAAAAGAACCCAUCAGAUAUCGAAAGCAAAAUAUAG